AUGAGAGCCCAAUGUUGUAUUUGUUCAGACUUGUUUGAGAAUUCAGAUACAGUGAAUAUAGCUGCUGCACCAUGUGGCCAUACCUUUCAUGAAGUUUGUUUAAUGAAAUGGCUAGAAUCAUCAGGAACAUGUCCAAGUUGUCGGAAAGUUUGUAAACGAAGUCUGGUGAUAAAGAAAUUAUUUUUUGAUAUUGAUGCUGGAGAUGAUGUCUCGGAUCAAUCACCAACCAAACUCAGUAACCAGCUCGGUGAUUUAAAAGCCAAGGUUCGACAGUAUGAAAGAGAUAAAGCUGAUUUGUUGGAAAAACAAACUUCUUUUCAAUCACAGAUACAGUCCUAUCAAGUAGAAAGUGAGAUAGUUCAAAAUAAACUGAAGAAAGAGAAAACUCUGAACACAUCUUUAAAAAAAGAAAUCAGUAAUUAUGAGGCACAGCAAAAAUAUUUUAAAACUGAACAGGAACAAUACAGAAAAUCUUUACGAAACUUGAAGGAGCUUCAACACUUACAAAUUUUGUUAUCAGGUAGGUUACAGAGAUUUGAUUCUCUGGAAAUUCUGAAUCAAAAUGGUGAAGGAUCCACGAAGCAGCUGUCACGAUAUUGUGCUGUUUUAAAACGUGAAUACGAACAAACUAAACAAGAUAAAAAAACAUUCAAAGAUCAAAUUGAUAAACUACGACGAGAGCUAGUUAGUAAAGAUAGACAGCUAACAGAUCGGAUAAAAGAAACGUCCAUUUUAACAGAACAGUUAACCCGAUCUGAAGAGGAUCUAAAAAACGUAGAAAAGGAGAAAGAAGGAAUGCGUAAAAAAUUGAGUCGUUUAAAAAAAGGGUUUCAUAGUCCU